GAGGCGUGUAGGGAGAAGGGGAGGAGAGAAAGAGGAUGGCUUUCCUGGACAACCCCUCCAUUAUCUUGGCACACAUCCGUCAGUCGCACGUGACCAGCGAUGACACGGGCAUGUGUGAGAUGGUACUCAUCGACCACGACGUGGACCUGGAGAAGUGCCAGGCGUCCGGCGUGUCGGCCAGUGGGGGGUCGUUCGGGUCGGGCCAGUUUGGGGACGGCAGUGGCGGAGGGGACGGUCAGACCUGUGACCUCUCCCAGUCUGUAGACAUCACCUCCAGUUGGGAUUUUGGUAUACGUCGGCGAUCGAACACAGCUCAAAGACUGGAGAGACUGAGGAAAGAGCGACAGAACCAGAUUAAGUGCAAAAACAUUCAGUGGAAAGAGAGGACCUCAUCUCAGUCAGCAGAGGACCUGAGCUCGCUGUUUGAGAGGAAGGACUUUAAGGACAGGCCCCGCAGCACAGGGACCAAAUCCACGCUGUCCCUCCGCCUGGAGCAGUGUCCUCAACAGCUCAACAAUCCCUUCAACGAGUACUCCAAGUUUGACGGCAAGGGUCACGUAGGUACAACAGCAACCAAAAAAAUUGACGUCUACCUCUCAAUGCAGUCUGGCCAAGAAAAACUGCACCCCAUGACAGUCGUUACCAUGGCGAACGCUCGGGUGCAUGACCUCAUCGGUCUGAUCUGUUGGCAGUACACCAGUGAAGGAAGAGAACCCAAACUCAACGAAAACGUCAACGCCUACUGCCUCCAUAUCGCCGAGGACGACGGGGAGGUGGACACGGACUUCCCGCCUCUGGACUCCAGCGAGCCCAUCCACAAGUUUGGCUUUAGCACCCUGGCCUUGGUGGAGAAGUAUUCACCAGGAGGACUGGGAGCCAAGCAGUCCCUGUUUGUCAGAAUAAACGCCGCUCAUGGGUUUUCACUGAUCCCUGUGGACAACCUGAAGGUCACCAUGAAGGAGAUCCUUCAGAAAGCUCUGAAGAAGAGGAAGGGAUCUCAGAAAGGCUCCGGCCCCAUGUAUCGUCUGGAGAAACAGACGGAGCCAAACGUGGCCGUGGACCUGGAGAGCACCCUGGAAAGCCAAAGCACGCUGGAAUUCUGCCUUGUCCGAGAAAACAGUUCCAGGGGGGAGGAGAGUUCGGAGGAAGACCCGCCCAUUGAAAUCACUACGGUUCAGGACAUGCUGAGCAGUCACCACUACAAAUCCUUCAAGAUCAGCAUGAUCCACAAACUGCGCUUCACCACAGACGUACAGCUCGGGAUUUCUGGUGAGAAGGUGGAGAUCGAUCCAGUCACCAACCAGAAGACCAGCACCAAGUUCUGGAUCCGACAGAAGCCCAUCUCCAUCGACUCAGAUCUGCUGUGUGCCUGUGACCUGGUGGAGGAGAAGAGUCCAAGUCAUGCCAUAUUCAAGCUGACGUACCUCAGUAACCAUGACUACAAGGCUCUGUACUUUGAGUGCGAUGCUGCUACAGUCAACGAAAUCGUGCUCAAGGUGAACUACAUUCUGGAGUCACGGGCCAGCACCUCCCGUGCCGACUACUUCGCCCAGAAACAGCGGAAACUGAGCCGCCGCACGAGCUUCAGCUUUCAGAAGGACAAGAAGUCAGGGCAGUAGGACCCAGCCGCCCCCCGUCACGGGUCUUCCUCCAGAAAGACAGAGAGAGAGAGACAAUCUGGUUUAAGAGAAAAAGGGCCUCAAGACCUGAGGAGACAGGAAAGAAAAGGAAAUUUGUCAGGGAGAGAGAGAGGGAGAGAGAAAGGAAUA